CACGGAAAGACUACGUUCGUAUUGAGGAGCUGGAUAUGGGCUUCCAUGUCAAUACCUAGGCGGCCAUGGAAAAACGAUGAGGCGAUGGUGGAAUACGCAAGGGAAAGAAGACAUCAAAUGUUCUUUGAAGUGCCACUCACACAACGCUGGAUUUACCGCACACCCGCACUCGCUUCCCUCGUCUUCGAUCUUAUGUCCGGCGAGCAACUAGGAGACGAUAGGUACUCCAACACAUACCGUCCUCGUUCCCCUGGCCCACGCCCACGCUCUCCACGCGGCGACAGCUAUCGAGCACGCUCACCUCCUCCCCGUCGCAGUUCGCCUCCUCGCCGCGUCUCACCCAUUCGCCGCGGUAUAGCAUCGGCUGAUACAUAUGUUCCUGGUGGCCGCUCGUCGCGUCCUCGCAGUCGGUCGCCAGCUUUCCGAAGAAGAUCUCGAAGCCCACGUCGCGAUGACAACUGGAGGGCACGUCCUCGAUCACCACCUCGCCGAGCAUUCUCGCCGCGACGGGACGAACCUAGACGGGAUGACUAUAGGGCAAGGUCACCGCCACCGCGGCGAGAUCGCGAUCAGUACGACUCGUACACUCGCUCUCCACGCCCACGAGAGAGGUCCCCACCGCCCAGAGAGCGCGAUGUUUCUCCGGCCAGGAGCCGUGGCGUGCGUUCGCCUGUCCGUUCGAGCCGGUACGAAGAGCCGCGCUCUCGAGUAAACAGCCCCCCUCCUCGCCGCUAUUCCCCUCUGCGUGACACUCGGGACACACGCGACUACCGACGCCGCUCGCCCUCUCCAAGACGCGACCGUCCCGACCCUUACACUGCAGACACCUGGAGAAGUCGUAGGUCCCCUUCGCCUGCGCGACCGACGUACGCUUCAAAUGAUGCAUCAGGUCGGGAUUCUGCGGCAACGUCUCGUCGCUCUUCCCCGCCACCUAUCCAUCCUAGCCGGGCUGCACUGGUAGAAGACCGACCAGUUCGGGAUCCCGUCUCAGCACCGCGAUCGCCGUUCCGUGAGCGCCUCCCCGACAGAGGACGAGACUAUAGUCGCGAGCGAGAGCGUUCGCCUCCACGCCGUCGGGAAAGCCCUCCUACAGGACCGCGCGGAGAUAGAGACUUUGCGCCGCCUACUGGACCAUCUUCCUCUUCAUACCGUAAUGGUGACAGUAACUUUGCCAGAGCUCCACCGACAGGGCCUUCCAGCCGGAGCUAUCCUUCCCCGGCGAUUUCGCCUCCCGCUGGCCCGUCAAGCCUGGCAUCACAACCUCCUGCCUUUCCUCGGGGCAAUAACCCUGUGCUAGCAGCGCCAACACGACCGCGGGGUGGUGGUCGUGGUGGGUUUGGAGGAUACGAAGGACGAGGAGACUUUUCUGGUUCAUCCUCACGACGAGGGUCUUGGGGUGCAGGUCCGCGAGGAGGAGGCUACUACGGCGGUGCGCCAUCUGGUCCACGCGGUUCCAGCAGCGGCCCUGGUGGAGCGGUACCUUUUGCUCCUUCGUUCCGCGGGUCUAACAACUCCACUGCUACGACCUACCCUCGUACAAUGCGGUUCCGAGACCAUCUUUCCGACCUCCCCAAAGAGAUUCCCGGGGGUCAGAGAGCCCCUGAACUGUACGACAAGAGCAAGAUCUUGAAGCUCGAGGCUGAGGCUCAAAAAUUGAGGGAGAUGAUUGACAAGAAAGAGGACGCGAAGAGACAGAGACUGAGGGAAUGGGACAGUCUUGAACGUGAGGCAGAGACGGCCCAGCUGAGGGUUGACCUUGCUGAGGGUUCAUUGCGAAACAUAAAUGGAGAGGCGGAUGAAGUCGCGAAGCCCAAGGCUGCCCCGCGCGGGGCCGUGAAGGCGAAUGUUGCGACUGCUGCGCCUGCGGUAAAGAAAGUUGACGGCGAUAUGGAUGUGGAUACUGGGGGUGCCAACCUUCAGCCAACAGCGGGCGAUGAUGCGACCGACCUCAAUCCCGAUGCUUCAACAUCGGCCGGAGCGACACGAAAGCGACGGGCGCCGCUUACUCAUGCCAAAGACGAGUUCGCCGCCCUCCUCGAGCCGUUCUACUACGGAAAGAGCCUGACCGACCCGAUCAAUACUGCGCGCGACAAAUGGAAUCUACUGCCGGCGUUUUUGAAGACCAAGGGUCUCGUCAAGCAGCACGUCGAUUCGUACAACCACUUUGUCGAUGUGGAACUCAAGAAAAUCAUCAAGGCCAACCGCUUUGUCCGCAGCGAUUUCGACCCCAAGUUCCUCCUCGAGUACACAGACAUUCGCGUCCUUUCUCCGAACCGACAGGAAGAAGAUGACCUCGAACAUCACCGCAGUACCAUUACACCCAACGAAUGUCGAUUGCGCGACAUGACAUAUGCUGCGCCGAUAGUGGUGGACAUUAUAUACACCCGCGGAAAUGCCAAGGUCAAGCGGACGGGCAUCAAAAUUGGGCGAAUGCCCAUCAUGUUGAAGAGCAACAAAUGUGUGCUCGCUGGAAAGAACGAUCGCGAGAUGGCAGUUAUGGAGGAGUGCCCGCUAGACCCGGGAGGCUACUUCAUUACUCGAGGGCAAGAGAAGGUCAUCUUGGUUCAAGAGCAGCUGAACAAGAAUCGAGUCAUUGUUGAGAGCGCAAAGGGUAUCAUGCAAGCCAGCGUAACGAGUUCUACGCACGAGAGGCGAACCAAGACAUACGUGAUUCAGAAGAAGGGCCUCAUGUACCUCCGACACAACACGCUCUCCGAAGAGAUUCCGAUCGUAUUCGUAAUGAAGGCACUUGGUGUACACUCUGACAAAGAAAUCCUGCUGAUGAUAGCCGGUGAGGACAGCGCGUAUCAGGACAACUUUGCUAUCAACUUCGAGGCAUGCGCAAGGGAACAGAUCCACACCCAAGAACGAGCGCUUGAGUACAUCGGCCAUCGCGUACGACUAGUGAAGAAGCCGCUUGAACGUGCCAUUGCGACUGGAAACUGGAGUUUGAAACGUUUCAAGAUGGAGAGAGCUGGUGUUACACACGUCUUGAGCAGACUGAGUUAUAUCGCUGCGCUAGGUAUGAUGACGAGAAUCAGUUCACAAUUCGAAAAGACGCGUAAGGUUUCCGGUCCUCGUGCGCUGCAGCCAUCGCAAUUUGGUAUGCUUUGCACAUCAGAUACCCCAGAAGGAGAAGCCUGCGGUCUUGUCAAGAACUUGGCGUUGAUGACACAUAUCACAACCGAAGAUGAUGACGAUCCAGUGCGCAAGAUUGUGUUCAUGCUAGGCGCUGAAGAUAUCUGUUCGCAAACAGGAGAAGAGAUCCAUUCGGAGGGUGUGUACAGUGUGUGUCUCAACGGUACACCCAUCGCUGUCACCGAUACACCAAAGCGAUUCCUCAACAGCUUCCGGAAACUCAGGCGGAUGGGUCGCAUCUCUGAGUUCACCAGCAUUCACAUUGACCACGACCACUGCGAAGUCCACAUCGCUACGGACGAAGGGCGAAUUUGCCGUCCAAUGAUUAUUGUUGAGAAUCAACGCUCUAAAGUUACGUCGAGGUACCUGAAAGCCCUUCGCAAGGGAACAAUGGAGUUCGAGGAUUUCUUGCACAGAGGUCUAGUGGAGUAUCUCGAUACAAAUGAAGAGAACGACACGAAUAUUGCUUUGAAGGAGACCGAGAUCAACCAGCAUACCACACAUCUCGAGAUUGAACCCUUCACCAUCCUGGGCGCUGUCGCUGGUCUUAUCCCAUACCCUCACCACAAUCAAUCCCCUCGUAACACUUACCAAUGCGCUAUGGGUAAGCAAGCUAUUGGCGCCAUCGCCUACAACCAGUUCAACAGAAUAGAUACACUGCUCUAUCUCAUGGUCUACCCCCAACAGCCUAUGGUCAAAACACGGACUAUCGAGCUCACCAAGUACGACAAACUGCCUGCUGGUCAAAACGCAACUGUCGCAGUCAUGUCCUACUCUGGAUACGAUAUUGAGGAUGCGCUCAUUCUGAACAAAGCCUCCUGCGACCGCGGCUUCGGUCGCUGUCAGGUGUUCAAGAAGCACGUCACGCCUCUGAAGACGUAUGCCAACGGUACCUCUGAUCGCAUCAAUGCUGGCGCUCUAGACGUAGACAACUCCAGCCACCAAGCCAUCGGUCAAGACGGUAUCGCUCAAGUCGGUGCCCGCAUUGAAGCUGGCGAUGCUUAUCUCCUAAAGUCCAUUCCUCAGGACACCGCAGGACCCGCAACGAACGUUUACAAAGACAAGCCCGACAAGUACAAGUUGCCCGACUGCAGCUACAUCGACAAAGCAUGCAUCACCGAAAAUGAAGCAGGAACCACACUAAUCAAGCUCCUCAUGCGACAAACCCGCCGCCCAGAACUCGGCGACAAGUUUUCUUCGCGCCACGGCCAAAAAGGUACGACAGGUCUCAUCGUCCAACAAGAAGACAUGCCCUUCAACGACCAAGGCAUCUGCCCCGACAUUAUCAUGAACCCCCACGGUUUCCCCUCGCGUAUGACAGUCGGCAAGAUGAUGGAACUGCUCUCCGGAAAAGCUGGUGUUCUCAACGGCACCCUCGAAUACGGAACUGCGUUUGGUGGAUCCACCGUUGAAGACAUGUCACAAAUUCUUGUGGAGAAGGGCUUCUCAUACACUGGUAAAGACUACCUAACGAGUGGUAUCACGGGAGAAGCACAUCAGUUCUACACCUUCUUUGGCCCGAUCUACUACCAGAAGCUCAAGCAUAUGGUGCAGGAUAAGAUGCACUCGCGUGCUCGAGGUCCGCGGGCUAUCUUGACGAGACAGCCUACCGAAGGUCGUGCGAGGGAUGGUGGACUGCGUCUGGGCGAGAUGGAACGUGAUUGUUUGAUUGCAUACGGUGCUUCUCAGCUGCUGCUUGAGCGAUUGAUGAUCAGUUCGGAUGCGCAUAAUGUUGAUGUUUGCGAGAAGUGCGGCCAAAUGGGCUACAGCGGCUACUGUAAACUCUGCGAAAGCGAAAAGGCAGUUCGCAAGAUCACUAUGCCGUAUGCUGCUAAGCUUCUGAUUCAGGAACUGGGUAGCAUGAAUGUCAAGGUGACGAUUGGAUUGGAGGAUGAAUUCCCUCGGGAUGCGUAG